CACACGCUGUUCUCGCCCGCACCGCCGAACACAGUCAGAGCUCUGGGACUCAAGGAAGUUCAUGUCGAUAGGAAAAUUAAGUGGUGGUCACCAGGCGGCUGUCAUGGUUAUGGCUAUGAGCACUAAUGAUGAAAAUGGCAACGUACUUGUAACUGGCUCCAAGGACCACUAUAUCAAGGUAUUUGGUGUACCGGAAUAUGCUGCGGGCGUUCACACACCUAAAUUCAGCCUUGAUCCUCCGCACUAUGAUGGCAUACAGUCCUUAGCAAUACAUGGUAACUCCCUGUUCAGUGGAUCCAGAGACACCUGCAUCAAGAAGUGGGACCUGGCAGAGAAGAAGUUGAAGUUUUCCAUGAAUCAGGCUCACAAAGACUGGGUGGAGGCUCUUCAGCUGCUGCCUGAACAAAAUUGUCUUCUUAGCGGUGGCAGAGAUGGCUACCUCAAGGUGUGGAACUGUGAUAACUGUGCGUUGGUCGGAGAGAUACGAGCGCACAGCAGUCCUAUCAACGCCAUCGCAACCAACUCGUCCGCCAUAUUCACUGCCUCCAAUGACCAGACUAUUGGCGUAUGGAAGCCAAGAAACAACCUCAGCGCACUUGUGAUGGAUGCUGGAGAGGAUGAGAGAAUCGCAUAACGUUGCCUGUCGUUUGCUCUUGUGAUUCGAUGUGAAAAACGUUUGCGAGCAAAUGUCGGCGACAUUUUCACGUUGAGAAUCGUGUGUGAACAUGUGCCUAUACUAACAAACGAUCAUGCACUACCAAUUGUAAGGUUAGUGGGGGUUGGUUACUGUUGGGGGGUUCUAAGUGUUUUUUUUUUCUAUAACCGACAAAUGGUAGGAGCCUGUGGUAAAGGGAUCAAAAUCAAAACCCAGUGUAUAUAGCCUGCGCGAAAGCCUAUUAUGCAAUGUGUAAAAACGUCAAAGAAUGAUAAUAAUUGUACAGUUGAUCGAAUAAUGAAAUUGAUUUAUAACUCUUUGCUUUCUCCUCUAACAAAGUAACUAUAUGGUGACCACUAUGAACAUUCCGCAAUAGUUUUCUAUGGGUUGAUAGAGCAGCACGUUGUCUGUGCUAGCGUUAUUAGCGUCAUCACACAUUCCACUUGGUCCUUGAGCAUUCAGAAAGGAACAUACGCCGACGUUACGCUAGGUGCUAUUGUGUGCUGUAGUAUAUAUGCCAUCAAGCAGAUCUGCAGAACGUAGUGUGGUGUUAACAUGAAUAAAAGAGAUUUCAACACUAGAUGCGACUACACAGUGAACAGUAGGAAUAUAUUUGUUCUCGUUAUGAGCAUAUAGCAAUAAGCAUCACGUGACGUGUGACAAAGGAACGACUAUUUUUCUCUCUUUGUAAUUUGACGACAGAUUUGCGAUAUAUUGAAUAAUAGCAUCCCAUUAUAGGGAUUCGCUAGGUUGACUUUACUCACUUAUAGUAUAGUACAUUCAGACUAACAUGUCUUCGUAUUAAGUUACGUAUCUAUCAGCCUGGUGAGAAGUGAGAUGUUGCAAACUUUUGGAAACUCAUUGAAUUUCAACCCGCUGUAGUAGUUAUAGAAGAGAUUUUCGUAAGGGAAACGUUCUGUGUACUUUCUACGUAUAAUUAUAUGUGGUAUCCAUAAGUCAGGCAGCUAUAUUCUUCCGGUACAACAGACAUGAGAGGUAUGUUUAGAGUGCUAUGCAUCUGAUAAAUACAUGGGGAUACGAAACAAAAUGGCUGAUUAGUGAAAGCGUGCGACGACGGUUUUCUGCUGUAAGCGUGCUACCUUCACACAGAGUAACAUAUCACUAUCAGUUUUGUUUUGUAUUUUUAUAUCGCCCAACAACAUGCUCUGUUCCCUGCAUCAUGGUUGUUAUCGUACUUGUAACUCCCUCCACAUUGAAAAGCCGUAAACAUCCUAUAUAAUAGGAACAUUAGUAGUGGUCUUUCAUAAUAAAGUAAUUUAUUGGUUUACAUUA